GUAGUUAUUUUAAGCAAUACAGCUACUUUUAAAUAUAACUCUAACACAUAUGUUUUCUUCUUAUAUAUUUUUAGCUGUCCUAGCUACUACUGUUUUAAAUGAGGUGGGUUAUAUUGUCAGACGGUUUCUGCACCCCUAAAAAAUCAUGGCGGCCCAUUGAUAUGUUCGACCGUAUGUUACACGUUCAUUUCCCCUGAUAGAAUGAAGUGUUAGUCUUUCACGUGCAGUGAUUCAACGAUCGAUUUGACUCGUCGGACUUUACGGUAUACGUUAAAUAUGGGUUAGCAGCGAUCAGGCAGCAAAAUAGUUACUUUAUUUUGUCAUGUCCUCGCUCAGUAUUUUUACGUAAAAUGUAUAGUUCAACAUCCAACAACGAUCUCCGGCUGUCGGUAGAAUGUUCUGGCAGCAGUAGCAGCCUCCUGGUCCGUCGCAGCUCUAAAGCUGCCCAAAGCCCCGACGGAGACAGCAACGUUAGCCUUCGAAGUUUGGCAAGCGAAGAGGACGAAGAAGUACAUUUUGACACUUCUGACACAGAUAAUAACUGUGAAGUGUUGAUGGCUGGUAAAUAUUACCCAUCCAUCCAAGAGUUUGCCUCAGCCAUCCCUAACCAUCUUCUUCUUGGGUCUUUGCUGGAGCAUCUGUGCUUUGUGUAUGAGAGGAAUCCAACACGCUCACGAACACUAUUUAAAGUCAUUGGCCAACGCUUAGCAGCCUUGAACCUCCUCUCACCAUUGGCGAUUAGUGAUGAAUUCAGCACCGUCAGACUCCAGCACAAUCGAGCCUUCACUGAGCUUCUCAAUGCUGCCAGCUCCUCAUUGUACCCACAGGGUCUCAGCUCAAACAAACAAAAUCAUUCUGUAAGACCUAAGGAGGGUCUGUUUCAAGCACAGACAUCAAGAUAUCUUAGUGAGUUUGAGGAAAUUUGUAGACUUGGAAAAGGAUCAUAUGGAAAUGUUUUUAAGGUUAUGAACAAACUGGAUGGCCAAUAUUAUGCAGUAAAGAAGAUUCUCAUUAAAAAGGUUUCCAAGGAUGAUUGCAUGAAGGUUCUUAGGGAAGUCAAAGUGUUGUCCAGUCUGCAGCAUAUAAAUGUUGUGGGCUAUCACACUGCCUGGAUGGAACAUGUCCAGCCUGCUGCAUAUCCUGAGCCUGUCCUGCUUGCACUGGAGUCACCUGGGCAACAAGACAACUCCAGUGAGAGCAGUGACAGCCCUGGCUCCAGCUCCUCUAUAGUUUUUCAGAGCUGUAGUCGAGAACAGACAGAUGCUGCAUCAAAUGGCAAAAUAUCUCAGGAAGACUCCCAGGCUAUCAAAUUUAUAGUUCAAGAGAAGGGAAAGAUGGUGUGUCCCAAAACGAUGCACCGCAUUCCUGAGAACUUUGUCCCCUGUGUAUUCCUGGGACAGCAAGAUACCAUGAAGUCCUCCAGAUGUCCUGCCAUGGGUUGGGACAGUUUAGCAUUGUUAGAUGAGGACGUCAACAGGAGCAGAACUGAGCUGAACAAUAACCCCUAUAAGAAGGAGGGUGAAUGGGCCAACAAAGUCACAACAAAGCCAUCUAAAGAGGUGCAGUUCCAUCUGAUGCUCUACAUCCAAAUGCAGCUAUGUGAACGCUCACUCAAAGACUGGAUCUUUGAGAGAAAUACCAAGCCCAAAGAACAACAAGCCUCAAGAUGUCCAUAUGGAUGUGUUGAUUCUGAACACACGCUCAGCCUGCUGAAAAACAUACUUGAAGGAGUGGAGUACAUUCAUUCCAGGGGAAUCAUGCACAGAGAUCUGAAGCCGAGGAACAUUUUCCUACAUGGACAUGAUUGCCACAUACGGAUCGGGGACUUUGGUUUGGCCUGCAGGGAUAUAUUAGUAGAAGAACAUAAACGCAUCGCCUCUCUGAGCAGCGAUUCCUCACAUACUACUGGUGUUGGCACAUUUGUAUAUGCUGCACCAGAGCAGCUGAAGGGAUCUCAUUAUGAUUCUAAGUCAGACAUGUACAGCAUUGGAGUGCUUGCUUUGGAGCUCUUCCAGCCAUUUGGAACAGAAAUGGAGCGAGUUCGGGUCCUAGGAGACAUAAGAGAUGGGAAAAUCCCAGAGUCAUUCAGUCACAGAUGGCCACUCCUGACUAAGUACAUUAUGAUGCUGACAAGUACAAAGCCCAGAGUUCGGCCUACGGCCAGCCAGCUUUUGCAGAGUGACCUAUUCUAUAGUAAAGACAUGGUAAUCCAUGGUUUGCAGAGAAGGGUUGAAGAACAGGAGGAAGAGAUUAUCCAGCUGAGGAGACAGAUCAGUCAGCUUCAGGGAUCACAAGUCACAGUUCAGUACUCUGACUUGGAAAAGACCUGACCUUUAGUGCAAUCUCAUCGACUCUCACACAGUUUGAUUUAUUUAAUUACUGUACUAUAUUUUAUUCAUACAUUACAAGUGGCAGAGUAUGUAUGCAAGUGCAUAAGCAUAUGUUUUGUAGACAUAUAUAAGCAUAUGUUGUGUACCCCUUUAUAUUCAAUUCUUUUUUUCUUUUAGCUGUUAAAUAAAGCCUGUUUGAUGUUUGGGGGAUGUCUAAGAAGCAAUGUGACUUUUUUGAAAUGUGAAGUAUUUAUGUUACUAUAAAUAACAAUUAGUUAUUAAGAAAUUACCAAAUAUAUUGUACUGUACUGUGAUUUAGCUACUUUUAUUUUAAUAAGGUCUCUGCUUUGAAUACAAUAUUUUCUUUAAUUCAA